CACUGGAUGCAUCCAGGAACUUGGCCAAUUCUAACCCCUUGCCUGGAAAGUAACAAAAGCCUCCAAGCAAUGUCGUUCCCGUCUCACGGCAUCCUUGUAAUAAACAUGGCGAUACAUUGUAGCCUGCGCGAUUUGCACAAGUCCUUCCACAGUAUGGGUGUCGAAAUUGAAGCUCAUCAACGUAUCUUGGCCUUGUCUUACAGACCUGCAUCGAUGAGGCAUCAAAUUACUGCGAGCAGGACUGGAGGGCUCUCCUGAAUCACUCACCACACACAAGUCGUCCUCUUGUCGACGGAAAGGCCAGAGAUUGUUCAUGAUGACAGUGUAUGUGAUAGUCUCAGUUGCACGGUGGCGAGACGCCCCCUCGAUGGCGGUACUACACGCUCGGUCCACGUGUUACGCCGAUUUCUCGGUAAAGGACAUAUACCUUUCUUGAACUGCUGACAUCGAUCUGUGCAUGUAUCUAAAGUUCCCGGAUAAGAAGACCGCUAAAACACGAGGCCCGAACACGUUCGAAGCGCGCAGGACACUAGCUGUGCAUUAACUGGGCGUGUUAUAGGCCUAUAAAUUGCGUUGGUAGCAUGUGCUUAGAUAUAACUUGUACCUUCGCCCUGUCAUAAAUCAGACACAAGAAAUAUCUUAGAGUAUCAAAUGGCUGGAAAAUGUGAGUAUUGCCAUUCUCGACCGAAGUAUGUCGAAGGAGCAAAGGUGCACCCAUACUGCGGCAAAACCUGUGCCGCCAAAGCCAAGAACUCGUCCAGCACAGAUGACAACUGCGAAUUUUGUCAUGUAAAACCGAAAUGGGGAAGUCAUCGUUAUUGUGGAAAGACAUGUGCUAGAAAGGCUCACGCUUCUGGUGGAAUUAAAAACGCUGUGGAAGAUGGACCCGCGGCUUCAUUUGAUUCGAGCACGGCGUGUCUCAUGUGUAAGAAAGCCCCAAAACAAGGAAAACGUAACUUCUGCUCGAAGGAGUGUUCCACAUUGGCGCAGGACCAGGGACCGUUACUGUUGGAAGUACCAGAAGGCCACGUCACACACAAGAGUGUGGCAGAUCAACUGUAUGCUUCCUGGAAGCACACAGACCGUCCUUCUCCUAAAGUGAAGAAAAUAUACAAAAUAGUGGAAACAUCCCAGAUCAGAGCAAAUUACGAAACCUACAAGGCCAGUGUGGAACAACAAGGCAAAUUUCAGGCUUCAGGAAGGUCUGCAGGAAAUGAAUGUCGCCGCUGGCAUGGUGCUCGACGUAAUUGCGGUAUUGGGGAAUCUGGUCAGACACAGCUGUGUUCAGGACAAAAUUGUCCUGUUUGCAGCAUCAUCCGAACGUCGUUCGACUUGAAGUAUUCUGGAAACAACUUUGGUUGGCUGAGAUUUGGGUUGGGUAUCUAUACGUCAGCUACAUCCUCCAAGGCCGAUGAUUAUAUUCUUCCCAAGAUACCCCGAGCACCGGUUCGAGCCUUGCUCUUGAAUACCGUAGUUGUAGGCAAAGGAAAGAAGCUCACAGAUGAUGCGCGGGAUCUAACGGCCCCCCCUGCUGGUUAUGAUUCAAUUCUCGGCGAACCGAAACCAGGUAACCUUAACUGGGACGAAACCGUAGUAUAUUCCAAUGAUGCUAUAAGGCCUUCUUUCCUUGUUGUUUACGACGGGUAGAAACAUAGCGCCCAAUGUUCCCCACAGGGUCUCCUGUAGAAUACAUUUCACCCCUAACCCAUCAAAUGGAUGUAGUUGUGAGCACAAUGGGCCUUAACAAAUUGUAUCCAAGAUAACACCUCGUGUUCAUCCUCAUGUUAUGCUGUUAUUUAUCUCCUUCCAACUGUGAUUGCAAUAUCA